GCAAAAACUUCAAUUAAUCAUCAACUGGAUUGGUGAUACAAAAAGUGCAGUUUAUUCUAAAAUGUUUAAAAACAUUGCAAGUCAACUUAAAUCUACUAAGACUAAAGUUGAAGAAAAAGUGUUAAAAUUGUAUGAACCAUACUUAUCAUUGUUCGUAAUGCUAGCAGGGGCUCAUCGAAUAUUAUCGAAUUUGAUACCUUUAUCUUCAUCAAUAAUGUCGUCUUCAGAUGGAGGCAGUGUUGGUACAUAA